UAUAUUUUCAAAUAAAGUUUCCAAAUAAAAUUAUUUUCUAAUAGAAAUAGCAUUAUAUAAUAUUUAAAAAAAGCAUCGAAAUUUUCUACAAAAGCACUUGCACACCGUUUUAUGCAUGACAAUGAGACUUCCGCCGGAAGAAUGAAUAAUGCUUCGAAUGUAAUAAAAUCUGUGUCACAUUGCAUGUUACGAAAUAGGAUCUGCCAAACAGAUCAGUUUCAGAUAUGUUUCAAACGACGUCAGUCGAUUAAAGUUGAGAAAAAUGUUGUCUCUAUCAAUACUUGUUUAUUACAUCUUCAUACUAAGUGUCACUCAUCAAACACAGAACAGACAGACAAUUGAAACAUAUCCGAUUAAUUUAAUUAAUUGUCCAAAUGAUAAAAAGUGCACAUUUGUCGAAUAUUGUCCUGUCAUUUCGAAUUUAAUGAGCUACAAUCUACUUCCGAUUCAUAGAUUUCGUCAAGCAAUUUGUGGGUACGAAAGUAUAAGACCAAAAGUGUGUUGCAACAUGGAGCGCAAUAUGAUGAACUCAUUUUUCACAGAAAAAGAUGCAUCUUUUACGAAACCGAAUUUGAUUUCAGACUGUGGUAAAAGCUUCGUUCAUGGUGAUGUUAAUUCUAUAGGAAUGUAUCCUUUUGUUGCUAGAAUUGGAUUUAAAAGUAAGCCUAAAAUACAAAAUACGAUAAAAUAUUUAUUUCUAUAUAAAUGUGAAAAAUUUUGCAAACUUAUAGGUAACACAGGAGAAAUAAAAUAUCCUUGUAAUGGUGUGAUCUUGAAUCAGCACAUGAUAUUAACUACUGCCAGUUGCGCUCUUGCAAAGUCUAGUAAUUAUCAAUUGAAUUCUGUGCUUGUUGGCGAGUUCAACAUUGAUACUGAUCCUGAUUGUACUUCACAAAAAAUUGAUAUAUCUUAUGUAAUAAAACAUCCUCAUUAUCAAGCUGAUACUUUUACAAAUAAUAUAGCGAUGUUACGAUUAAAAGACUCAAUACAAUAUACUGUAACGGCGCAACCUAUAUGUCUCUUAUUAAAGAAUGGAUAUAUAAAUAUAGGAAUGAAUUCUAUUCUUGUUGGAUGGGGCAAGUUGGAACGUCAAAAAGUGGAAUCGGGUAAGCAACAGUUUCUGAAAAUGAGGAUUAUAUCAAGUGAAGAAUGCAUGAAUUACUAUAACCAAGGGCUAGCUACCGAACUAUGCACAAUAGGAAAUGAUGUGCCAUGUUCAGGAUAUAAUGGAAGUCCCCUUUUAUUCAAACAAGGAAAUACAUAUUUUUUGUUAGGCAUUUUAUCAUAUGGUUCCAACUGUAACAUGAAUCGCAACUUCCCAACAGUCUUUGUGAAUGUACAGAAAUACACAAGAUGGAUUCUAGAAAAUUGUUAACUGUUCAUUAAAAAAUUAUUAGCUUGUUAUUGUAUACCUUAAUAAAAGUUGUAUUAUUAUUUUUUUACAUACAGAAAA